UCCUCAGGACUGACUUGGAGCAGAAUGGCUGAGAGGCUGAGCAUCCUAGGGCACUGGUGUCACUACACAGUGACAAGGACAGUCUCCUGCCAGGUGCAGAACGGCUCAGAAACGGUGAUCCAGAGGGUUUAUCAGAGCUGCCGGUGGCCAGGACCUUGUGCCAACUUAGUGAGGACUCUCAUCAGACCCACGUACAAAAUGUCCUACAGAACUGUGACCACGCUGGAGUGGAGGUGCUGUCCUGGCUUCACGGGGAGCAACUGUGAGGAGGGUGAGUUAUCCAGCAAUGCAUCUGUCCUUAUGGAGCAGCAAGGAUGGAUUGGCUGGGUUGAGCUGGGUUUUGGUCCUUAA